UUGGCCUUUACCAGAGUUUGAUCCAAGCCAGAUUCGACUGAUUGUCUAUCAAGACUGUGAAAGACGAGGGAGGAAUGUCCUUUUUGACUCCAGUGUUAAGAGAAAAAAUGAGGACAUAUCAGUAUCGAAACUCUGUAGUGAUGCUCAAGUUAAAGUCUUUGGGAAAUGCUGCCAACUGAAACCUGGUGGAGACAGUUCUUCCUCUUUGGACAGUUCUGUGACUUCAUCUUCUGAUUUAAAAGACCAGUGUCCUAAGUACCAGGGUUCUCGGUGCUCUUCUGAUGCCAAUAUGCUUGGAGAGAUGAUGUUUGGCUCAGUAGCCAUGAGCUACAAAGGAUCCACUUUAAAAAUUCAUCAGAUCCGUUCUCCUCCACAGCUCAUGCUCAGUAAAGUUUUUACUGCACGGACUGGUAGCAGUAUCUGUGGAAGUCUCAAUACGUUGCAAGACAGUCUUGAAUUCAUAAAUCAGGACAGCAAUACAUUAAAGGCUGAUAAUAACACAGUAAUUAAUGGACUACUUGGAAAUAUAGGUCUUUCACAGUUCUGCAGCCCUAGGCGGGCGUUCUCUGAGCAGGGUCCGCUCCGCCUGAUCAGGAGCGCCUCUUUCUUUGCAGUUCACAGCAACCCAAUGGACAUGCCUGGAAGAGAGCUGAAUGAGGACAGAGACAGUGGCAUAGCACGCUCUGCAUCUCUCAGCAGCUUGCUUAUCACUCCAUUUCCCUCCCCAAAUUCUUCACUUACCCGAAGUUGUGCCAGCAGCUACCAGCGACGUUGGCGACGUAGCCAAACAACGAGUUUGGAAAAUGGGGUAUUUCCUAGAUGGUCUAUAGAAGAAAGCUUUAAUCUAUCAGAUGAAAGCUGUGGCCCAAACCCAGGAAUUGUGAGGAAAAAGAAGAUUGCAAUUGGAGUAAUCUUUUCAUUAUCCAAAGAUGAAGAUGAAAAUAACAAAUUUAAUGAGUUCUUUUUUUCACAUUUUCCUCUCUUUGAAAGCCACAUGAACAAAUUAAAAAGUGCAAUAGAACAGGCUAUGAAAAUGAGCCGAAGAUCAGCUGAUGCCAGUCAUAGGAGUUUGGCAUAUAAUCGAAUAGUUGAUGCCCUAAAUGAAUUCAGAACAACAAUUUGUAAUCUUUAUACAAUGCCACGGAUUGGAGAGCCUGUCUGGCUUACAAUGAUGUCGGGGACUCCAGAAAAGAACCAACUUUGCUAUCGUUUCAUGAAGGAGUUCAGUUUUCUAAUGGAGAAUGCUUCUAAAAAUCAAUUCUUGCCAGCUCUCAUUACUGCAGUUUUGACCAAUCAUCUUGCCUGGGUUCCAACUGUCAUGCCAAAUGGGCAACCACCCAUAAAAAUAUUUUUAGAAAAACAUUCCUCUCAGAGUGUGGACAUGUUGGCAAAGACUCAUCCAUAUAACCCACUUUGGGCACAACUGGGAGACCUGUAUGGCGCUAUUGGCUCUCCUGUUCGGUUAGCGAGGACUGUGGUAGUUGGCAAACGACAAGACAUGGUCCAGAGGCUGCUUUAUUUUCUUACUUAUUUCAUAAGAUGCUCUGAACUUCAAGAAACUCAUCUUUUAGAAAAUGGAGAAGAUGAAGCCAUUGUUAUGCCAGGCACAGUAAUUACUACCACUUUAGAGAAAGGCGAAAUAGAAGAAUCAGAGUAUGUGCUUAUUACAAUGCAUAGAAACAAAAGCAGUUUGAUCUUUAAAGAGUCAGAAGAAACAAGAACUCCUAAUUGUAACUGUAAAUAUUGCAGUCGUCCACUUCUUGGACAAAAUAUAGAGAAUGUUUCACGACAGGAGAGAGAAGAUAUUCAAAACAGCUCGAAGGAGUUAGUAGGAAUUUCAGAUGAGUGCCAAAUGAUUUCUACUUCUGACUGCCAAGAAGAAGAUGCCGUUGAUGUUAAACAGCACAGAGAUAAAUUAAGAACUUGCCUUGACACAAAGUUAGAGUCAGUUGUUUGCCCAGGAUCUGCUUCAGUAGACACAUGUGCAUUGUCACAGUCAGGCUUAGAGCCAGCAGGGGAGACAUGGAUGAAUGAGGACUUGCUGGAUUCAGAUGGACACACGGACAAAACAAAGAGAUCCAUGGGAAUGGUUGUAGAAAAAAAACCUCCAGAUAAGAAUGUGCCUGCUACAUUUUCUUGUGAGGCAACCCAGGCAAAGGUUACUUUCCUAAUUGGGGAUUCUAUGUCACCUGAUUCAGAUACUGAACUUCGCAGUCAGGCAGUGGUAGAUCAGAUUACCAGGCAUCAAACCAAACCACCGAAGGAAGAAAGAGGGGCUGUUGAUCAGCAUCAAGAAACUAAACAGACAACUAAGGACCAAUCUGAAGAGCCUGAUAUGCAGAACAUGAUUUCUGGACAGUCUUGUGAACCUUCCUGUUGGAAUCAUACAGACCCCGAAAGCAUGAGCUUAUUUGAUGAAUAUUUUAAUGAUGACUCAAUUGAAACCAGGACUAUUGAUGAUGUUCCAGUCAAAACAAGUAUAAACAGCAAAGUACAUUGCUGUAUGUCAGAGUUUUCAAAAAGACUUUGUACAAAAAGUAGCAAACAGAACAAUGAAUUUUGUAAAUGUAUAGGAACAGUUCACCAAGAUUUAUGUAAAACCUGCUUUUCUCGGCAGGACCAAAGAAAUACACUCUCCAUUCUUGUCCCCCAUGGGGAUAAAGAGAGUACAGAGAAAAAAGUUGCUGUAGGAACCGAAUGGGACAUUCCAAGAAAUGAAAGUUCAGAUAGUGCCCUUGGGGACAGUGAAAGUGAAGACACAGGUCAUGAUAUAGCUAGACAAGUCAGCAGUUACUAUGGAGGAGAACAAGAAGACUGGACAGAAGAGGAUGAGAUACCUUUUCCUGGGUCAAAGUUAGUUGAAGUGAGUGCUGUUCAGCCUAACAUUGCCAACUUUGGGAGGUCCUUGCUAGGUGGCUACUGCUCAUCUUAUGUGCCUGACUUUGUUCUUCAAGGAAUUGGGAGUGAUGAGAGACUCCGUCAGUGUCUGGUCUCAGAUUUGUCUCAUGCUGUGCAGCAUCCAGUGUUGGAUGAACCAAUAGCAGAAGCUGUCUGUAUUAUAGCAGAUAUGGAUAAAUGGACUGUUCAAGUGGCCAGUAGCCAGAGACGAGUAACUGAUAAUAAAUUGGGAAAGGAAGUGUUGGUUUCUAGUCUUGUUUCUAACCUACUUCAUUCCACUCUUCAACUUUAUAAGCAUAACUUGUCUCCAAAUUUUUGUGUAAUGCAUCUAGAGGACCGGUUGCAAGAGCUGUACUUCAAGAGCAAAAUGCUGUCUGAGUACCUGAGGGGGCAGAUGCGUGUUCAUGUCAAGGAGCUUGGAGUGGUUUUGGGAAUUGAAUCCAGUGAUCUUCCUCUUCUGGCUGCAGUAGCAAGCACUCAUUCUCCUUAUGUUGCUCAGAUACUCCUUUAACAUGCCUAAAGGUUGUUAGAAGGUAACGCUAGUGGAAAGAUAAGUAGAAACCAAGGAAGCAGAUACAGCAUGCCUUUAUGGAGAUUUUUUGGUCACCAUGCUAUCCUGCAUUGUACUGCAUAUUCUGGGUACAGUGAUUGGCUUUUUCUUUUUGACUGGACUUUUGGGUGAUGGUAGAUUUUUAACCACGUGAAACUAAAGCAACAUAGAUAAUUUUGUGGGAGAAGCAUUUGAAAAAGCCAAAGUAUAACUUAGUAAUUUCUACAAAGAGAGUAAUAUGAAGGAAUUUCAGGUGAUCUCUAUGGUGUUGUCACAACUUAUAAAUAACAGCAGAUGUUUCCUGAUUAACGUGGAAAUAGUCAUUUCAUUCAUUUUAAAUUCUUUGUGUUUAAGUUACAGAGAUCUAUAAAAAUUUGAUUGUUAUUUUGGUUUGCAAUUGUAAACAGCUAAUUUCAGAGUAAGUAUUUUAAAGAGCCUGUUAAUUAUAAAAAUGAGUGCAAAUAUGUGUUAUGUUAUCCACCCAAGUGUACAUAAGUGUAUAUAUAUUUUUUAAAGUAGAGGUAGAAAUACAAGGUUGGUAAACAUGCCUUUUUUAAAAACUAUUUUCAACUAGUAUUAAUUGUAUGUAAUAUUGAAAUGUUACAUUCUGGUGAUUUUUGUUUCACACACUCUAAAAUACAAGUAAAGCCAGUGUUUUUUUAAGGCUGAGGAUGUACAUCCCCAAAUUAAGAAUACUACUUUAUACCAUUUGUUUAUAAGUAUGAGUUAAUUCUUAUAAAUACUAAUAUUUACACAUUCAUUAAUUUAAUAUAUGAAGAUUAGGAUUUAAAAUUGCACCAAAGCAUUGGAAAAAUAAUACUGUUUUCUUUAAAAGCGCUCAGGUAGCCAGGGCCCUUGCUUUCGGUAUCAGCCCUUCUUGAACCCAUAGGAGCUCAACAUUUAUUUCAUUGCUUAAUACUAUUCAAUUUACACUAAUGGAACUCAUAACUCUUAAAAUUAUUCUCUUUUGUCUAAGAGCCUCUCCCUUCUAAAAGCUGAUUUUUAAAAAAGAUUUCCACUUUUCAAUUGUUGUCUUUGUAUAUACUAUAGGGCGUCUCUUAUAAGAAAGGCUAACAUGGAACCAAACUUCUGUAAGUAAUGUAAAUAGAAAGAUGAGUAGAUAAAGUUUUCAAUAUGCUCUACUACCUCAGUUUACUUGAAAACUACAUUUAGUUUAUUCUUUGCUUGUAUGGUCUAAGAUACUUUUAAUGCUAGAAGCAAAGUUGGUUUCUGCUUUCAUUAACUAUUAUCAUCAUCAUAAUUGAUUAAAGAAAAAAAACUCACUUGCUUAUUCAGUUAUAUAACAUACCCAUUCUUGCUAUUUAAAUUUUUAAUAACUAAUGGAAAAAUUUUGUGGGUUGGUUUAAUCUUGCACCUUGAAUUUAUAACGUUGGGUCACGUUUUGCCUUGCUCUUUAUGUAUUCAAGAAAUCUCCACUUAGACAAAAAGAAAUGGUUGUUUUAAUGGAAUGUAAACCUGAAAUUGGUGUGCCUGCAGUCAGUUUGACCCAUGUCCUCUUAGUUAGCUGGUCCCAGUUAGUAUCUGAGUCUCCCAUGGAUGACUUCUGGCAAAGAGUUUUUAUAAUGAUAUAUUUUGUUUGGGUUAGUUUUUUUUGUUUUUUUUUUUAAUUUCAUUCAGUAAUGGAAUUCUUUUGUUGUCUAUUUUUGGAAUUUCAUGAGUCAGUCUCUGGCAGAAUUUGAAAUACAGAAAAGUUUAUAUGUGGGCCAUUGUAUUCAUUUUUUUGAUUGUUUCUCAGAAUAAUAUGUAGCAGGUAGAUAAUACAUGUUUCUAGGUGUUUUCUUACUCACCAAACUAUUUUAGUCCUUUUUGAGAUACCUAAUAAAUUACCAUUUAGGUGUUCUAGUCUUCAGUAAGUGGAUGGCUCAUGCUACUGUUAUUUUUAACUAAUAACUAAGCAUUGCCGAGAAGGAAAAGGCCUGUAGUUUCAUAAAGAAUCAUUAAUCCUUAUAGGAUUCCUGAGUUUUAUAACUCCUAAUCUUUCUGUAAUUUCUCUUACCUUCAUCAUAAUCAUUCUUUUCUUUACAUAGUGCCCUAGGAAUGAGCUGCUACUUAUUCAAAAUGUGGUCAUUAUGGUAAAUGUGAAAAGAGUUUUGGCCUGUUCAAAAUAAUUUCUUAACUACUUAUGGUACAGACAACUGUGUUACAUGUUAAAAAAAAAAAAACGUAACAAAACAAAAACCUGUUUCUUGCGGGAAAUGAAAAAGGGAUGUUACAAGAAUUGAAACUGAUUUUUUUUGUUGUUGUAUAUAAACUAAUUGGUUUGAUUUUUAAAAUAUUUCUGCUUUUAUUAAUAUGUCUUAAUUUUGAAUUUGAAAAUGUAAGUGCAAUAAAGAUAAUAGCACAGAUUUCAUUUGGUUGUGAUUGGCAUACAUUGGGAUGAUUAAUUAAAAAAAACCCAUGAUUUUACAUAAUACCUACUUCUGGUAAUGUCUUAUGAGAAUAUUCUGCUUUCUCUAAGUUAUUUAGAUGGUGGAUAUGUAAAAUGUACAUAUUGUUCCUUACUCUGUAUACAUUUCUCAAAUGUACACCUGUAUUAUAAUAACCUCCCGGUUCUAGGGGAAAUUUGUGCAAUAAAUACACGUCAAUUUGAUGGA